AGAGCCGGCGAGAGGGCGCUGGCGGGUGGACUAGAGCGGCGCGGUCGGGUGGGAAGGGGGCGAUCGGGCCAUGGAGGACGAGCAGAGCUUCUCGGAUAUUUGCGGCGGUCGCUUGGCCCUGCAGCGCCGCUACUACUCCCCGUCUUGCCGGGAGUUCUGCCUCAGCUGCCCUCGGCUGUCGUUGCGCUCGCUCACCGCUGUCACCUGCACCGUGUGGCUAGCGGCCUACGGACUCUUCACCCUCUGCGAGAACAGCAUGAUCCUCUCCGCUGCCAUCUUCAUCACCCUCCUAGGGCUGCUUGGUUACCUCCAUUUUGUCAAGAUUGAUCAGGAGACUCUGUUAAUCAUUGACUCCCUUGGCAUCCAGAUGACUUCAUCCUAUGCCUCUGGCAAAGAAAGCACUACCUUCAUAGAGAUGGGCAAGGUGAAGGAUGUGGUCAUCAAUGAGGCUAUUUACAUGCAGAAGGUGAUUUACUACCUCUGCAUUUUAUUGAAGGAUCCAGUGGAACCACAUGGGAUAUCCCAAGUAGUACCUGUCUUCCAGAGUACCAAGCCCCGCCUGGACUGCUUGAUUGAAGUGUACAGGAGUUGCCAGGAGAUCCUAGCACACCAGAAAGCUGCAUCAGCAAGUCCAUGAGUCCCAGCAUUUCAGAAGGCCAGUAUUGUCUUCCAUGGGAGAGGACUCCUAAGCCAUAGUGGGUGGUUUAUUUUCUGUAUUCUAAACCAUCUGGUGGACACAGCUCUAAGAACCAGGAUGGAUGCAGUGGAUCUCAGAGCCACAGAGCAGGUGACUGGAAACCUAACUCAUUGUGUGAUGUGGAGCAAAGUAUUUGUCUGUUUUAGUGAUCCCCUUGUAAGGUUCUGCCUACUUUAUUGAGGGGAGAUCUUAAGCGGUGGUAUGUCAAAAGUAACGUUGACAAAGAGCACUUUGAAAUUCCUAAGCACAUGCAGGUUUACAUUUUGUAGAGUCUGUGGCGCAGACAUGGGACACUGACAGCAGAUCUCUUAAGAAACAUAAUUUCCUACUACACAGUAGCUCUGUGUAAAAGUCAAGCCCUUUAGGUACUGGUGACUAGGAAGGAAUGUCCUACGAAAGACCAGUCCCUGUGCACCUAGCUCCCGUGUUCUGGACAGGGUUAAUUUAUGAUGACUGUCUUAAUAAAUCGAUCCCCUUCCAAAACAUACACAGUAA